CUACUACAGUUCCAAGAAUAUCCGAAAAUAAUAAUUCAUUCAUCAUCAGAAAAUAAAAAAUAAGUACCCAUUCCCAGUUUUCUUUAGCGCUCUCCAAUUCCCCUUUUCUCUGCAACACCCCCAGAUCCAUGGUGGAUUACUUGAUUCUUGGCUGACUUGCAUACCCGGCCCCAAUUUAUUUCAUUUAUGCUUUCAGGAUUGUAGCCUAGUGGUUGCAACUUGUUUGGCAUGAUGGAUUCAUACAAUGACACACCUCUGACUGAGAAUGUUGUGGUGUGUGAAAAUGGACUUCACCAACAACUUCUAACUUCAGGCAAAGAAGUGAUUACUGUUGAUAAGUCUGAAGGGGUGCAAGAGAUUUUUCAAAGUGGUGUCAUUUUGAAGGAUGAUGAAGCUGUUGAAACUUCUACUGAAGGGGUUGGAGACAAAUCAAAAGUACCUUUAUGUAGCAAUGGCAGUCCUAGUUCUAAGGAAUCCAAAGCUAAGAUUCAUACAGAGCACAAGAGUGACACACCACAGAAAGCUUCCGGAAAGCUAAAAAACGGGAUGCCGUCAAGCACUGCACAUACUGUGGUUUCUGGGCCAAAGAAAGGCAAAGACGGAAAACCCAGUGGGACCAUGACCUCCAAAUCACUGGAUAAACAACCUACUGCACUUGUUGCAAAGAGUAAAUCGGUAAAUGAUGGGAAAGCUACUCAGAGAAAUCCAAAGGUGGUUCCUUCUUCUGUGAAGGCUAAUCAUUCUAAGCCGACAGAUAAAACAUCUUCCCCGAGUAGUGGACAGCCUGAAGGCCUUACGGAAAAACCUAAAGUGAAGCCUCUCAAGAAAGACCCUCCAAAUAAAGCUGAAUCAAUGGCUCAAUCCUCUGUAAGUCCUACAUCUGAAGAUGCCAAGUCGAACAGAGUUAGUGCACUUCCAAGCUAUGGUUUCAGUUUCAAGUGUAAUGAAAGGGCUGAAAAAAGGAAAGAAUUCUACUCUAAGCUAGAGGAAAAGAUCCAUGCGAAGGAAAUGGAACAGAAUAAUUUGCAAGCAAAGACUAAGGAAUCACAAGAAGCUGAGAUCAAAAUGUUUAGAAAGUCAUUAACAUUUAAAGCAACUCCAAUGCCAACCUUCUAUCAGGAACCUCCACCUCCCAAGGUGGAGCUGAAAAAGAUUCCUACAACAAGAGCGAAAUCUCCCAAGCUUGGACGGAAAAAGGACUCUCCUUAUAGAGAAGAGAACGAUGGAAAUGGCAAUGAAAUUCGGCCUAGUAGGUUGAGCUUAGAUGAAAAAGUGUUCUCCGGGGAUAACCAUGCAAAGGAGCAUUCUCUUGUUACUCCCAAAAGGACUUAUCGUAAGUCUCUUCCUAAGUUGCCAUCUCAUAAUACCAAUUUAUUAUCCCGUCAAACGAAGAAAUCUUCGCAUUCUAAAUCCAAGGAGACUGCCAAAACUGAAAGUGAUGUUCCGAAGGUGGAGGCAGCCAUUGUUGAGCCUAAGGUGAAUGAUGAGUCUUGUUUCAACGGUGAAGGAGACAUUGCUAUGGUGGGGGAAUCUAUUGAUGUGGACCAUUGAAAGCAAGGAAUGGGGGGCAUGUUUGGAAAUCACUCUUGGGUUAGAUAUAUUGCAUAGUACAAAUAAGACUCUGAUUCAUUUAAAAAAGAAUGGGGGUUUGGUUGUCUCUAAUGAGCAUUUUUCUUACAAAUUGUGGCACUUGAAACUAUGUGCAGAUUGCAAACUUUAAGGUCACUCGUUUUUUGACAAUUUGUGGGUCUUAGUUUUUAUGGGCUUAGAUGUAUUCUUUAUUGUUUUUGUUGUUACAUAAGUGUUAUUAUUAUUAUUAAUAUUAUUAUUGUUAUUCAAAUUACUAUUUGAUGCAUUGUGGAGCUUGGGGUUAGUGAGAAGCACAUUGGCA